ACUUAAUUCCUGCACUCUCUUGCCACACAAAUGUCAGUCUGACCAUAGCCCGCCCUACUUGCUCUCACCUCUCCCGUUCUCCUCCUCCCGAUCUCACCCACCCCUCAAACCCCAGGCGGCGCGCACCAGGCGACCCGGCGGAGCCCCUCCGCUCCCAGGUCGGGUCUGCGCCGGCCUGGUGCGGAUCCGCCCGAUCUGCCUCCUCCUCCUCCGCCCGGUGCAGUUGGCGCGCCGAGCCGUGUCAAGAAGCUCCGGCCGUGUACUACUCCGACCAUCACCGAGCUGUUCCUCCCUCCCCGACCCGCGCCAAGAACACCCGGUGCAGAUCCUCGUUCUGCAUCAUCGUGAGAUCCCAAGUAUGCAUGGUUAGUAUUUACCCACUCUGCCCUUACCCCAGGCACGGAUGGAGCGGAAGUUCUACGAGAAGUAUACCUCACUCAAGAAGCGGAAGCUGCUGGACGAGGGGUUGGAGCGGAAGCGGGAGGAGGAGCCCGAGGAGCUUUACAAUGCCAUGAAGGAUUGGGUCCGCGGCCUCGAAAAGGAUAUAGAGGAGCUCAGUGAGAAGCUUGCGGACAAGGAGGAUGAGAUUGAGAAGGCCCGUCAGGAUUUCCUUGCAGAUAUUCGGGCAAGGGACAGUGAAAUUCUGAGGCUUAAGCAGCUCUUGGAUGAGAAGACCGAAAAAAACAAUUCUACUGCUACUAGGUCUGUGGACCAAACACCUGAAGUUAUCCAUGAAAAUCCAACUCCAAUGUCGCCUAGAAGGAAGACACCACAGUCAAACAUCAAGGCAAAGAGGGUACAGUUGAGUGAAAGUACUGUCGUUCCUCACAGUAGCCUUCAGGAGGAAUCUCAAGAGCUACAAUGCUCUAGAAGAUAUACAUGCAUCUCAGGGAACGAGGCCAACGAAUGUCCCAGCAUUCAUAUGUUUCGCUUGCUUCUUCAAUCUUUAGUUCGCAUGAAGGUCACAGUAGAUGAUGGAACAGAAAGAUUUUCGGUUUCAGUCUCCCAUGAAGCUACUGGUUAUAGUUUCACCCUCACUUGGUUAGAGAAUCCUGGUGAAUGGUCAUAUAAGCUGUCUUCAUCGGGUACCCUGGAAAGGAUAGCCGUCAAUUGGAUGAAGCAAGACAUAAGAUUCAGCAUGAACAUGUGCCGUCUGUUCUUCGAGCGGAUAUCAAACAUCAUCACUAAAGGGUGACAGCGUGCUCUUCAUUAGAGCUAUAGCUACCUCAGCUUGCCUCUGGAUGUGUAAAACGAAGCUGCUGAACUUGAAGCUGCAAACCUCUGGAUGUGUAAAAAUGACCACUGGAUGUAAAAAAAAAUGACGUGCUAUCUUGUUGCAGAAGUGUUUUGCUGUCUGUCUUUAAUCGAGCUUACAAAUGAUUCAUAGGUGACAGUUGUUGCCGUGGCAUAUCCCUUCAUUAUGUGAGCGGCAGUUCAUGGUUCAAGAUGUUAAUAAUGCACAGGCUUGGCAGGAAACAUCAUUUUGGGAUCUCCA